CUAGCAGGCAACAGUUAAAUGACAAUGACGGCCCAAGCCAAUCACACCCCUGUGACUACCUUCAUUUUCACAGGAUUAACUGAUAGACCGGACCUGCAGCUUCCCCUGUUCGUUGUCUUUUCCCUGAUCUAUGGGCUGACGUUGCUGGGUAAUGUGGGAAUGAUACUGAUCAUCAGGUUUGACCCACACCUGCACACCCCUAUGUACUUUCUCCUCAGCAACUUGUCCUUCUUAGACGUCUGCUGUUCUUCCACCAUCACUCCCAACAUGCUGCUCAACUUCUUAGCGGCAUCAAAGGGAGUUUCGUACAAUGGCUGCCUUAUGCAGUAUAGCUUCUUCACACUUUUUGCCACCACUGAGAUGUUUCUCCUGGCUGCAGUGGCAUACGACCGCUAUAUGGCCAUUUGUAACCCACUGCUGUACACUGUCGUUGUGACCAAAAAGGUCUGCGUACUGUUAAUAGCUGGCUCGUAUUUGGGGGGAGCUGCAAAUUCUCUGAUACACACCUAUGGCUUGCUGAGGUUGUCCUUUUGCAACUCAGAUGUCAUUGAUCACUUUUUCUGUGACCUCCUCCCUCUCCUAAAACUCUCUUGCAGUGACACCCAUCUCAACAAGCUCCUUGUUUCCAUAUUUGGUGCUUUAAUUGAGGCAACCACUCUUACAGUCGUCAUCAUUUCUUACUUUUUCAUCAUUGCCAUGGUGCUGAGGAUCCACUCUGCCAAGGGCAGGCAGAAAAAGUUCUCCACCUGUGCCUCCCACCUCACAGCCGUUUUCACAUUUCACGGCACAAUCCUGUUCAUGUAUUUCCACCCCCGUUCCAGCUACUCGCUCAGCACUGAUAAAACCUUUUUUGUGUUCUACACAGUGGUCAUUCCUCUGCUCAACCCCUUGAUCUACAGCUUGAGAAACAACGACGUGAAAUGCGCUGCAAGGAAACUGUUGAAGAGAAAGGUCCUUCCCUGCGGAAAGCCUUCCAGAAGGGCAUGUGGGGUAACUCCAUAA